AUAAACGUCGAUAUGGUGAUGUUUUCGGUAAGGAAAUGUUUACUUACCGUUUAGAGAAGGAGUCUCCAUUGGUAGCACUAAUACUGUACUGGCCAGUUAGAUUUACAGGUCAGAGGAGUUUGUGUUUUGUGGUUUCUUAAUACCAUGACAAGCUGUGGUGUUUUUUUUUUUUUUUUUAACUUCAAAAGAGAGCGAGAAAAAAAAGAAAGUGGAGAGGAAACUACUGUUUAUAGCAGCUAUAACAUAAGUAAUCAGAGGAACUAACUUGUUUCACAUUGACAAAUUGUUGUGGUAUUUGAGGAGUAAAACACUUCAAGACCAGCAGAUAUUGGAAAAUAAUCAACUUCAUACCACGCUGCAUCACACCACCCUAUUGUUGAUCAUUUUCCAAUAACAGCAUGCCCUGAAGGGUUUUAUUCCUUACUUCACCUUUUUCUAAUCCAUUAACUUUUCUCAGAGUUCUUCACCUCUCUUUCGGCAACCUGUAUCUUCUUUGCUUCCUCAGGCGCUAUCUGUUCUGAGAUGGCUUUCCUCCUCAAUUGUCUCUCGCUUCUGGUGGUGGUUCUGGUCCUAUUAUCCGUGCCCUGCCUCGGAUGCCCUUCUGGCUGCCGGUGCUACAGCCUGACAGUGGAGUGUGGCUCUAUUGGACUCAAAGAGAUACCACGGGGCAUUGCUCAUGGAACACAGACUAUCUUCCUGCAGGACAAUGCCAUUGGUCAGAUCCGGGCAGUGGACCUGUCUGGCUUGGGUCACCUGCACUAUCUGUACCUGCAGAAUAACAGCAUCUCAGCUCUGGAGGCCAGCGCCUUCGUGAGUCUGGGCCAACUGCUAGAGCUUGCGCUCAAUGGCAACCGCCUCAACCUGAUCUCCGCUGAUGCCUUUCGUGGUCUUGAGCACCUGCGCAUCCUCUACCUGGCAGGGAACCACAUCAACCGUCUGGAGGAUUACACCUUCCGUGGAUUGCAGCGUCUGCAAGAGCUGCACCUGCAGGAGAACACGAUGGAGGUGUUAGAUGAGCAGGCUCUGAUGGGCCUGUCUUCUCUGGCUCUGCUGGACCUCAGCAAGAAUAACCUGCGCACCCUGAGUGCUGUCACUCUCAGACCUCUCAUCAGCCUGCAGGUGCUGCGCAUCACAGAUAAUCCAUGGCGUUGUGACUGUGCACUUCACUGGCUUCGUGGCUGGAUAAACACUGAGGGCCAGCGGUUGUUGAGUUCAGCUGAUCGGAGGCUUCUGUGCUCUGAGCCGCCACGCCUCUCGCACCUGAUCCUGGUAGAGGUGCCAGCUAAUAGCCUGGUGUGCAUCCCGCCUGCUGUGCAGCUUGAGCCGAGGGAACUAAGCGUACGUUUGGGUGAGAGCAUCCGCGUGUCAUGCCAGGCCUCAGGUUACCCACAGCCCCAGGUCACCUGGAGGAAGGUGUCCUACGGUAGAGCUCAGCUAUCACCACGAGGUCUGGUGCAGGAGGAAGGGACAGACGGGGACAGCAGAAAGCCAGUGACAGCCAAGCCUGGUGGUAAUGGAGUCAAUGUGGGAAACCGUGGACCAACAGCUGAUGGUCGGGACAGGGAGAGCUUCGAUCAAGACACGGGCAGUGGGAUGCUAUUUCUGAGUAAUGUUACAGUGGCACACGCAGGACGCUAUGAGUGUGAAGCUUGGAAUCCUGGAGGGGUGGCACGUGUGAUCUUUCACCUUGCUGUGAACGUUUCAUCUUCAUCUUUGUCAUCAUCCUGGCCUCGCCUGCACCCCUCAUCAUCCUCCUCAUCCUCUUCGCACCACCGUCCAUCCUUAGGGGAUGUCAGUCAGGAACCGCUGUACGAGCUUGAGAGCAUGGACUUCAGUGCCCUGGGCACAGCCACCCAAACAGCCAUCGCUGUGGGUAUCUCACUCCUGGCGCUGACUGCCCUGCUGCUGCUGUGCAUGAUCUACAGCCGUCACCGGCAGCGCCAGAAAGAGGAUGGUGCUUAUGGCAAGGAGGAGAGCAUCCUCUAUGUCAAUGACUACUCUGAUGGACCAACUACAUUUGCACAGCUUGAGGAGUACCGGGAUGAGCGUGGCCAUGAAAUGUACGUGUUAAACCGGGCCAAGCCUGUGCUGCCUCCACCACCCACCCCUGGCCAGCAUGGGGCACUACAGCCUAGAGAAGUGCUCCAGGCCCAAGGCACUCUGACAUCUACCAUUGGACCGCGCAGAGCCCCAGCAGAGGGCAUCGAGGGUCCACCACCAGACCCAGAGGGCCUAUUUAUAAACCAGAGUCUGCUUUUUGACACACAGAUCGCGUAUGAGAUCCACUGCUGA